AAAUUGCAAGUGGCAGCUGCAGCUGCGAUCUGCCUCAGACCGUGCAACGUGAGCGGGGGACGGGGUCGGGUACCACGCAGCUUGGCAGAGACCCCCGACACCAGAGUCAUGGCGAGGGCUGCAAUGAAGGUGAUCGUGAUGGCGACGCUUGCAAUCCGUAGCCAUUUUGGCUCAAAUCGUUCUGUCUCAAGGUCUCGUCAGUAAAACGUGUAUGGUAGUGCCGACAUUGGUAAUCCAACUGCACUGCCAUGCCGCCCAAGGCCAAGGGACCCAAAAAGCCGAAGAGGACAAACAAGCCCAGCCCGCUUGAGCGGAUGAAGGAGGCAUUCGCGUUGGUGAACGUGGACGCCGACGCUCAUGAGAUCACCAAGGAGGACUUCGUAAAAGCCAUGGCGUCCAUUGGCGUCACAGAGAGCGUUGCCGAACAAUUGUUCGCGCGAUUCAAUCCCGACGGGAACGGUGUCUUAGACAAGGAGGAGUUCUUCGCCUAUGCCGCGAAGGGCGGGGGGGAAGUACGCAGCCUCAUUAACAGGGGCGUGCUGGAGGCCGACGAGGGCUUCGACAAAGUCGUGGAGAUCUUCAAGGCCUGGGACCAGGAUGGUGACGGCACCAUCUCCAAACAGGAGCUUGAGCGGGUCUUGGUGAUGCUGAACCCCUCUUUCACCAAGAAAGAGUUGGAUAAGGUAAUGAAGAGUGCGGACACGAACGGCGACGGCCUCAUCGACUAUGAGGAGUUCGCUGCCUGGCUGCAGGGCAGUGACAAGCCGAAGGGGAAGAAAUGACGCGUCUUCCUCCUGCGCGUGCGCGCGUGUGCCUCCUGUGCGUUGUUUGCGGGCUGUUAGUGCCUGCCAUGGGAGGAGGGGCUGGAGGGGGUGGUGAUGACGACGGUGGCAAGGAGAAGAUGCGAUGAGGGCGACGGCGAUGACGAG